UGUUUACAUCCGUCAGUUGGGGCUCAGUGGUGUACUGCUCGAGCUCGAUUGUCAGGUCGGGUUGACGUACUUUCUUUGCUGUGGCUUGAAGGAAGGCGUGGUGUAUUCGCGACCUGGGUUUGUAGACAAAUGUAAUGGGUGAUGUUGGGGAGGAUGAUCUCGAGACCAUUCGAGGAAUACUUGCUGAUGUGCAGCUUGCUCAGUUUUUCACAAGAAUCCGAGAUGAUUUACAGGUAACCAGGUUAAGCCAUUUUGAUUAUGUACGUCCUGAAGACUUGGAAAACAUUGGGCUGGGAAAGCCUGCGGCACGACGAUUAUUGGAGACUGUCAAGAAGAAACGUUCAGCUGCCUGGCGAAAGAACUUGGUGUCAAAAAUCUUGUCGACUGGGACCUCUCCUUCAGGAAAGAGUAAGAGUGCAGCUGCAGCUUCAGAUAUACAAAACUCAAGCCUUACAUGCCUUAUUCAAGAAAAGGACCUUACUCAGGGGCGAAAGCUUGGUGACGGCAGCUUUGGUGUGGUGCGCAGUGGAGAAUGGGUGACAGCAAGUGGUAAAGUUAAAGAGGUUGCAGUUAAAAUAUUAAAGCAAGAUGUUCUUCAUGUGCCAGGGGCACUUGAUGAUUUCAUUCGCGAAGUCCAGGCAAUGCAUCAGCUCUCCCACCCAAAUCUUAUACAGUUAUUUGGUAUAGUUCUUUCCAACCCUCUGAUGAUGGUUACAGAGUUAGCUCCACUUGGUUCUGUCUUGGAUUACUUGAGAAAGCAAAAUUGUCAAGUCCCUAUUACGUGUAAGUAUAGUUUAUGCAUGCUCAUUGGAAGCACCAAUUAUGUACGUGCCAUUAGUUUUUUAUCUUUUUAG